AUGCGGAAGGAAGGAAUUGGAAAUCUAAAAACUACUGAAAAGAUUGGAGGGAGAAGAGAUCGCGAUCAACAACAAAUAACAUUCGUGAAGUCCUUGUGUCACUUGUUGAAUAUCACCAUAUUUCAGCUACUACAAAGUCUUAAAGAUCGGUAUUUUGAAUCGUUUGGUGCUACGUUGUACACCAAUGGUUCGGAUGUUAAAGUUCACAGUUACUCUGAUGCGAUAGAGUAUUGUAGAGAAACUGGAGGAGAGAUUCUUCAGAUCUUCAAUGAGAAACAACAAAACGAUGUUGCAACGUUUUUGAAAUCAUCAAAUUUUGAAAGUAAACAUCGAGUUUUGCUGGGUUUGAAGAGAGAAGAUUUUCUAAUAAAUAAAUUUUUCUCAGUUUCCAAACCAAAAGAUUUUUUAAGAGUCGACAUUGAAUACGAUGAUGACGGCAAAUUUUUAUCGAUCAGAAAGGAUGCUAAGUUUGAGUUACCCCUCAAUUAUAUGCGACAACAUUUCAUAUGUUCCAAAUCAAGAGACUGUUCAACUGAAAAAGACUGUUUUGAUAUAAUCAAAAUUGAUAUGAUGUGGUACGAAGCCAGGAGCUUUUGUGCUCGGAAGGGCGAAGACUUGUUCAAUUUUCAUGAUAAGUUUGGCGCCACAGAACUGGCAACUUUUUUGGAAGAAAAUGAAAGAUAUUGGCUGGGAUAUUCAAACGCGCGUUUGCUAAAUAUACAAACUGGGCCAGCAAUAUUGAAUCAACAAAAAUUAACGACAACUCUAAAUGUACAGAAAUGA